UUUGUUGUUAAAAACACUUUUGUCUGUGAUUUCUUAUCCAAAAAAAAUUCUAUAUAGAAGUUAAAUUUUGAUAUUUUUUUUUCUCUUUUUAAUUCUUAAAAUAUUUUGUUUACCUUAAAUUACGUCUUCAAAUGUCUUUAAAUCUGUGCACAUGUAUAUCGGUGAUGAAUAGGAAACGGAAAAAAGAUCGUCGUCAUAUUGCACAUUAUCGUUCAUAUCAUUUUGCAAAAUAUUUGGGUUUGAUUGGAUCAUUGAUUAUAUGUUUAGGUCUUGGUCUUUGGUUUAUGGUACGACCGGAAGCAGUUGAGGCUAAAUUAAUAGCAACAAUAACGGUCACGGCCAUCGGUUUGAUCGUAUUUUUUAUUGCCACAAUUUUAUUUUUUAAAUCAGCCUAUCAUACCUUUAUGGAACAACGUAAACAAAGUGAUAAUACAACUCCAACAACAUCACCAUCGGCAACUAAGGCACCACAAUCAUUACUAUCAGUGCCAUCAUCACCAAAAUCAUCAUCAUCACCAUCAUCAAAUACUCGAUACUAACUGUAAACGAAAAUGACAAUGGGAUGAGGAAGAAAUUGAAAUCGAAACCAAGUGAUUUAUUCAUUCAAAAUAUUUUUUUUUACGAAAAAUGAAAUUUCAACGAUGUCGAGAGACAAUCAAUUUGUCGGCUUUCAUUUCAUUCAUUCAUUCAUUCAUUAGUUUCAAGAUACACACACACACAUGCAACAUGAAACAGGUUUUCUUCAAAUGAUGCUCACCUUUCAUCAUUUUGUUUCGAAAUCUCUUUUGAAAUUGUGUGUUUUGAUUUCUAACGAUUUAU